AUGUCAAUUUAUAGCAAAUUAAUUUCAUUUGCUGCAUUAGUGCUUUGGUUAAACGGCUCAAUUGCCAAACCUAACUGGGAAUCCAUGUCUGAAUAUGAAUCUUUUGAAGAAACAACACUUGGGACCAGGAUAUUUGGUAAACAUAGACCUCACACAAUAGAAGAAUACAAUCAUCUUGAAUCAACUGAAGAACAUUAUUUAGAGGAAUAUGAAAUGAGUUGUGCUAGUUUCACAGGAGGAUUUGGAGUGAUUUUCAUAUUUUCAGCAUCUAUUUUUCAUUUUUUGAGCUACUACUACACAUAUAUCUUAGAAAGUCUUUGA